AAUGGCCGCAGUAGUUGGCGCGCCCGGAAUCACUAACAACCAACCUAAUCGGCUUAUUAAAUUCACAUUUCGUUGGAGAAACAGUCUUAUUAAAUUCCACUCGUGUCUUGGAAAUUCUCAGAUAAACCCCAGAGUCGCAGUUCGCCCAGGCUGUAAAGUGGGUUGGAGCUGAAUGCGAUAAAGUGCGUCACGCUGGACAAAUAUCUGUAAUAACUCGUAACACUCAGUAGUAGCUAUUAUAUAAAAAUUGUUUAUACCUGCACAUUUCGUAGUCGAAAAUCGUCACACACGGUUCUGAGUCUAGUCAGUUUCUUUGAAUGUCAAAUCCUGGCUCAUUUCGUUUUAUGCUAAAUACAUCAAUCAAUGAAUUUAAUUAAAAGUUAUUUUUAUGCUACAAUAAUUUAAAAUAAUACAUGGGACACGCGUUUCAAGAAGUAUAACAUUCAAUGUUCAUUGACGUUGAACGUUAAGUUUUUUCUUCCACUCUCCCCGAUUUUUUUCUUUGUCUUCGUGUCCAUACAAUGAUUUGAUUCUAUUAUUGCAUUUAAUGGCACUCAUCUCGCGCUUCCUCGCUCCCUUUUGAUUUGUAAACCUGUUCCAAAGUUCAUCUCGGCGAUGUAAUGCACAAUAUAAUAAAGAAUAAACUUAAAAAUUACUAACAAAAACUACAAUAUUUUUUGGUAACAUUGGAGAUCACUAUAUCUAGUACGUGAAUAUAAUGGGUGAAAAAUCCGUCGUGUUCCAAGUCAGGGCUUGUCCCGGUUAGAGCGGCAUUCCGCAGGCGGAGAUUCCUGGAGUAGAGAAACCCCGGAAGCGGAUGAGUACGCAUAAGUUCCUUUGUUACACUUCCCUUCCUCAACACGUUCCCUUGUUACAGUAUCACGGAUCUGGUACACUACAACUCUUCUUUGUUUCGUGUACAUUGGCGCUCAUACUCACGUUUUCGUGAGGAGAAACACCCCCACCUCCCGCGUCAUAUCACGCACUAAUAACCUUAGCAGUUGUCGUGCCCGGAUCGCAAAAUAAUGAAUCGAUAAGUAUAAGUAUCAAAAUGAAUGACAAGUCAAUGCAAGUGUGUCUUGCAGACCGGCGCUGGAAGGACCUGCGCGCGGCCAUGAGCCCCGCCUUCACCGCCAGCAAGAUGCGCGCACUCUUCGACCUCAUCUCGCAGUGCGGCCACCAGAGCGCGCGCUUCCUCGAGCAGCGCUGCCGGGAGCUGCCCGAGGAGGCUAAUGGAGUCUAUGAGUUGGAGUUCAAAGACUUCUUCACGCGUUUCGCCAAUGACGUCAUCGCCACAAGCGCCUUCGGGGUCGAAUGCGACUCCUUCGGCCAACCCGACAACGAAUUCUACCAAAUGGGGAAAACCAUCACCAACUUCGGGGGCCUGCGAGGAAUCAUCAUGUUGCUAUUUUCGCUGGCUCCGAAACUAGCCGUACUGCUGCGGCUGUCCUUCCUGGGCGCGAAGGCCGACGCCUUCUUCCGCGCGCUGAUCCGCGAGGCGCUGGCGGAGCGCGCGGCCAGAGGCAUCUACCGGCCGGACGUGCUGCAGCUCAUGAUGGAGGCCCGUGACGGCGGCCUGGGCCCGCAGGCGCCCGACGCCCAGCCCCGCGCCACGAUGACGGACGAGGACAUCAUGGGCCAGGCGGUGCUCUUCUUCUUCGCGGGCUUCGAGACCGUGUCGCUGCUCAUGUGCUUCAGCUGCCACCUGCUGGCGCUGCACCCCGACGCGCAGGCGCGCCUGCACCGCGAGAUUGACGCCGCCGUCGACGCCAGCGGCGGCCACCUCGACUACGACGCCGUCGGCCGCAUGAAGUACCUCGACAUGGUGCUCAGCGAGACGCUGCGCCUGUACCCGCCGGCGCCAGCGGUGGACCGCGAGUGCGCGGAGGACGUGGAGCUGGAGCUGGGCGAGGGCCGCGCCCCCGCGCGCCUGCGCAAGGGCGACGUGCUGUGGCUGCCCAUCAUGGGCGUGCAGCGCGACCCGCGCUACUGGCCGCGCCCCGACGCCUUCGACCCCGAGCGCUUCAGCGACGCCAACAAGCACUGCAUCCACCCCUUCACCUACAUGCCCUUUGGGCUGGGGCCCAGGGUCUGCCUCGUGUGCUGUCCCGUCAUGUCAUAUAGAGUGAUGCGGUGUCCUGUCUUAUCCUGUAGUGUGAGUCCUGUGAUGUCAUGUAUUGUAAUGCGAUAUGUCACGUGCGAUGAGGCGUAA